UCAACAUCGCUUUAGUGUUCAGUGACAGUAACCUAUCCAAGGCUACCAGUGCACCUUCUCGACCACUCUCUGUUCUCCCACUGAACUCUCACCACUUUGUGCGCUCCCUCUAUCUGUCUCUUAAUCUAGUGUCUGCCUGUCGUCCAUCCCCUGCGCUCUCUCUCAGCAUGCAGCUCCUGGUCAUUUUAGCGUCUCUCAUGGGGGUUCUAUACAGUGUUAGAGCAGCCGCCGUGCUUCCUGUCGAAGAGAGGAGCCCACUACUUAACAGGGAAUUGAGUAAAGAGCGCAAAGAGCUGAUUCUCAAGCUGGUGUCUGGCUUGUUGGAAGGAGCGACGGACACCAACAUGCUGCCAGGAGAAGGGGUGUCCCCUGUGGAUCUAGAGGAGCCCCUGGAGUCUCGACUGGAGGAGAGGGCCGUCUACAACAGGCUAUCACAGCUGCCGCAGCGCGACCGCAAAGCCCCCUGUAAAAACUUCUUCUGGAAAACCUUCACCUCCUGCUAAUAGUGAUAUCCAGUCAGCCCACGCUAUGCUCCGGUUGCAUACCCCCAACACAACACAAUCUGACCCAGACCCAACAUGAACUGUGGUAGACCUGAGCUAUACAUAUCACCCACCCAGUUUGAAGAGUGCUCUCAAUGGCCUUUGAGACACUGACAGUCUGUUUGUUUUAAAUAUUGAUGAUUUAUUUCUCUAUUUAUGUAUGUAUUUAUUUCCGAUUAUCCAAAAACAAUAAAGCAUGGUUAUGGUGAAA